CCAGCAAAACAUCGAUAUACUUGGACGAAACAUCGAUGUUUUGAAAUUAUCGAUGCAUUGUUUGCAUUCCUAGUAUAAACAAAUUGUAAAUGUCGCUUUUAACUACGCAAAAUUUAGAAAUAUUUGUUACUGACUUUCUUAAAGAGGAUCUGAAGCAAAUAGAGCUUCACAUAAAUAAAUACAAUGAGCAGAUUAUGGAGUAUGUUCAGCUAAGAAAUACGCUACAAACAUUACACGAAAAUUCAUAUGGUUCCUUUAAGACACAAAUGAAUAUUGGGGGCAAUAUAUUUAUGGAAGCUAAAGUAAAUAACCCAGAUGACUUAGUAUUGGUCGAUGUGGGUAAAGGUUAUUUUGUCCAAUUCACGCUCGCGGAGGCAUUAAAAUUUUCUAAUUUCAAGGUGAAAAUUCUAACUAAAGAAUGUGAUGUACUACGCGAAGAGAGCGUAAAAAAACGGUCCGAUAUCAAAUUGGCGCUUAUGUGUAUAGCUGACCAAGAAAAUUUGUACGCAGAACAAAAAUGAUCAAUUCAGAUGCAUAUACAUAUAUAUACGUAUGGAAAUGAAAGCUAUCUUAUAUAUAAUGGAAUAUUUAUAUGUAACUAUGUAAAUAUGUAUAAUGUUAAAAUACAAGAGCAUCAGUCUCUUAUUCCUAAAAAAUAACA